AUGGCCUGUCAACAUCUUCUUUUCUUAGGUUCCCAUUUCUUUUUUUAUUACUCUUUUAUAUCCCUUAUUUCUCUCUUUUUCUGGGCCCUUUCUACUUGUUCAUGUUCGCAUCUACUUCUUUUUCGUAUUAUUCUGUUACAUCUUCUUUCUCGUAUUUUUCUUCAAUAUUGUCUCUCUUUCAUUUUCACAUACGACUCAUUGCUCGUAUAUUAUUUCUCCUUCUUCUUCUUCUUCUUCUUCUUCUUCUUCUUCUUCUUCUACCUUUCUUUUUACAUCUUUACUUUCUGGCUUUCCUCUUUCUUUCUUUCUUUCCCAUGUACCCUUCUUUUCUUCCUCUUAGAAAUUCUUCUUUUUCUGUUAUUCUAUCUUUUUAUCGUUGAUUUUACACCUUCACCUUUUCAUAGCUUUCUUCCUACUUUCUUUUUCUUUCUUUCUUUCUUUUUUCUUUCUUUCUUUCUUUCCUCUUAUAAAUUCUUUUUCAUUUCUCUUUUUCCCUUUCUUUUCUCCUUCACUAUCUCCAUGCUUUUCCUUUUCUUUUUAUUCAUUUUUUAUUUUCUUCACUCUUUUUUUCAUUUUCCUUUUUCGUUUAUUCCUUGUUGUUCAUCUUCUCACCUACCCCUACCAUGUUUUAGGCACCCCUCCCGACUGAUCUGCCCAAUUAUUCCUGCCAUGGGUACUUGA